UCAUUUUUUUUAACUGCACGAAGCUGUUGCCCAAGCCAAACCGAACUCACUUUGUUGAAGGAGAAUUUAAAAAAAAAAAAAAAAAAAAAAAAAAAAAAAGCUCACUCUGCCUCAAUCGUGAAACUAUGUCCGACUGUCCGGCUCUGAGUCCAGCUGCAACGACUCUCUGCCAGAUGGGAAGUUGUGAGUCAGACCAGGAGGACGCGCAACUUUUAUAGACUUUCAAGUCCGCUGCUUGCGAGUAACCAGCAGCGCUCAGUUUAGUCCUCUGACUCUUGGAUUGCGCGUCUGGAGAGCUCUGGUGUCAGCCCACCGCGUGUUUCAGGUUCGGUGCUGUUCAGGGCGUCUCUUAUCGAGGAGGAUAUGGUAAUAACAUUAAGAUCAUGUUUGUGGUGUUUGCGGUUUGCAAUGGAGAAUAAAUAAAAAAGGACGGUUAUCGGGGAUUAACUGAGAGCACAAAAGCAGAAUGCAGGGGAGGGAUCUACAGAGCAUGUGCAGAAGGGUGCUACUCCUGACCAUCUGUAUGGUGUCUCUCUUGGGACAACUGACCAGCGCAUCAUCACACCGAAGCCACAUAGUACACGUGAAAGCUGGAACCUGUGAGGUAAUUGCUGCACACCGAUGCUGCAACAAGAACAAGAUCGAAGAGAGAUCCCAGACUGUCAAAUGCUCCUGCUUCCCUGGACAGGUGGCGGGAACAACGAGAGCAGCUCCAUCUUGUGUAGACGCAUCAAUAGUUGCACAGAAGUGGUGGUGCCAGAUGCAUCCUUGCAUGGAUGGAGAAGAGUGUAAAGUGCUACCAGAUCUGAAAGGAUGGAGCUGCAGUACAGGAAACAAAGUUAAGACAACAAAGGUUACUCGAUAGUCAUAUUUUUCCUGGAUAGAUAUUUGGAACCAAGAUGUUUCUUUGACCAACACAAGUAGGACGUUUUGGAUACCAUGGGAUUUAUAGACUGGCGAAAACCAGGGACCAACACAGACAUUAGUCUGGGACAUUCCAGUGAACAUAAAGAUGAAAAGUAUUAGAAAAUUCAUAUGAGACUGCAAUGCCAAACAGAUUCUUGACUUUUUGUCUAGCAUCAACAGUAGCUUUCUUUCAACUCUGCUGCCCACCAAAUCUCUCUUUGUAUUAUACUUCUAAUCCAAUGGACCUGAAAACUCAACCAUGAUGAUAUUUAUUGACAUGAAGACUGGAUUAGACCAUGAAAAACCCACCCUAAAACAUGUGAUGUGAAAUUUUGUGUCAUGUUCUUGCCAGAAGGAGCAUUGGGACUCUUGAUGCAUUUCUCUGUGGAGGCUUUUGUGAGGUCAUAAGAAUUUUUGAUUCCUUUUAGCCUUAUAGAGGAGAUAUCUCUUCUUAUUUUCUGUUGGUUUGAAAAAGCCUGGCCUUUCUUCUUUUUAAAUUUUAAAGACCACUUUUGAAAGACACGCAUAAUAAACACAUCUGGAAAUAAAAAUAAAUGAAAGGUCAAAGUAGCUGAGUUCUGCAACAAUGAUUUAAUGAUAUCUGUUACUUUCAACGCCUGGUGACUGCUAUUCAUUUCAAAUGUCAAUAUUAUCUCAAUAAAUCUGAUUCAAUGAACAUUUCUCUUUAGAAUAACUGCAGUCUGUGUUGUAUUGGUGAAUUGCUGGAGCUCAGCAUGUUGAGCAAAUGUUAUAGGAAAUAAAACGAGGGGGAGGAUCACUCAGAGCUAAUCAGGUUUGAUCUCAUGGUGGAACGGAAAUGUGAAAAUCAGCAAAUGCAAAAAUAGGCCAUGGACAAAAAAAAAAAA